AUGGCACCCAUGAGCAAUGCGACCAGGAAGGCUGUGGUUUUUGUGCUUCUUAUGGUUAUGGCUUCCACCCUAUCAUCAUCGUCUUGCUACGCCCGCACAAUUGAAGAUGGAGCCAAUCCUCCAUUGUACUGCUUCUAUGUGGAAAAGUGCAAAGAACGUUGCCAGAUCGCAUGCAGCCUCAGCUUUAAGCCCUCAACUGGGCCGUAUUGCAAGCACAAUCAGUGUUGUUGUGCCUAG